GCUGGCAGACGCGCUCGGAAAACUGGCAUGGUUUUUGGAGGCUGGCAGUUGAGCGCUGAGACGUAAGAUAUGACUCCCAGAGACUGCUGAGAUGAUCAUUAAGGGAGACUUAGAUCGGAUGGCAGAAGACAUCGGGCAUGCAGGUGGCGGACUGAAGACAAUGCUGGAUGCCAUGGAAGUUCCAAGUCAUGCUAGGGAUCUCCUCCUGCAGCUCAACAGCCAGAGAACCAAAGGCUUCCUUUGUGAUGUUAUCAUUGUGGUGCAGAAUGCCCUCUUCAGAGCUCAUAAAAACAUUCUGGCUGCCAGCAGCCUCUACUUGAAGUCUUUGGUGGUCCAUGACAAUCUCAUCAACCUUGACCACGAGAUGGUGAGUCCAGGGGUCUUCAGGGUCAUUCUGGACUAUAUCUACACUGGGCGCCUCAGUGAAGGAGACCCCACCUCUCCCACUGAACCCAAUCUAGGGGCUGUACUUGCAGCUGCCAGCUACCUUCAGCUACUUGAUUUAGUGGCUUUGUGCAAAAAGAAGCUGAGAAGAAAUGGAAAGUACCCUCCUCGUCCAGGGCCAGCAUUUUUACCCUAUUCAAAGAUUGGUCCCAGCAGCAUGAGCUUAGGGACUGGUGGCAGGUAUAGGGUUUCUACUCCUGUAAUUCAAUCCUGCCCUCCAGGAGGAAUUUUGAACGCACCCAGAGCACCAUCACUAGAGGAGCUUGUUCCCCACCGACUAGCCAUUCAUUCUGGGGAGCUGUAUGCUCCCACAUCCAACCAGAGCUCUCAGGUGUUCCCGGCUCUGCAGGCUGCUCUGCCCGCUCAGCUGGGGCGCAUGGCACACCCCGAGAGGAACUGCUCGCCCAGCUUUGGCCUUGACCUUUCAAAGAAAAGCCCCAGCUCCCAGUCUCAGCUCACACCCUCUCAAACCCUCCUGCCAAACAACCACAACGACGAGGAGCGAGACGGGACGCUGAGUGGACGCGCCAGUCCGAUGCAGGGCGCAAACAGGAGAGCCUUUUCCUCCGAAAAAAUGGACUCUACCGACCAGACAGGCUCCCUGUCGCCGUCAUCUUUCCCCCAUCUUAACCAGCCUUUAGGGCCCCACCUCCCACACCUGCAUCACUCGAGUUCUCAGGCAACAGACCGCUUUCAAGGCCCCCCAAGCCCUGACACCCCCACUGAAGGCGGAGAAGCAGGCAGAGAAAUGGGCAACAUCUAUCGCUGGGUGAAACACGAGCCAAUGCCAUUCACGGCUGAAGAUGAAGAUGAGGACGAGGAUGAAGAGGAUGGAGGGGAAAAUGGAGAGCAGCAUCAUAACCACCACAAGCAGGGGGAGGAGAGCGAAGGAGCAGACGACAAGAGCGGCUCAGGCACGGAGGAGACUGGCAGCAGCGAGGGUCGUCCAUCUCCCACCGGAGCCAUGGGGAGGUUCCACAUGCCGUACGAGCCCGAGAGUUUCGGGGACAAUCUGUACGUCUGCAUUCCCUGUGACAAAGGCUUCCCGAGCUCAGAGCAGCUCAAUGCACACGUGGAGACGCACACAGAAGAAGAGCUGUACGGCAACUCCGGCGGGGAGAUGGGAAACAGCAACAACAGCGGCAACAAGAACAUAAGCAGUGGCACGAAUGGCUACGGGAGCCUCAACAGCAGCAACAGUCUCAACAGCCUGUCCCACCUGGAGAGCAAGUCCGGCCACGGGCUAGGUUCCGGAAGCAUCGGGGAGAUGAUCCGUCCCUACCGCUGCUCCAGCUGUGAUAAGUCCUACAAGGAUCCAGCCACUUUGCGCCAACACGAGAAGACCCACUGGCUGACCAGGCCUUAUCCCUGCAGCAUCUGCGGCAAGAAGUUCACACAGCGGGGUACCAUGACGCGCCACAUGCGAAGCCACCUGGGCCUGAAACCUUUCGCCUGCGACUCCUGCGGCAUGCGCUUCACGCGCCAGUACCGCCUCACCGAGCACAUGCGCAUACAUUCUGGGGAGAAGCCCUACGAAUGUCAGGUGUGCGGGGGGAAGUUUGCCCAGCAGCGCAACCUCAUCAGCCACAUGAAGAUGCACCCGGCAGGAGGGACUGCGGGGGGCCUGAUCACAGACGGGAAGCUCAAGCUGGACUUUGCAGAGGGGAUCUAUCCCCUAAGUAAAUACGCAGCGGAGCACCUGGGGCUGAAGCAGGAAAAAGCCAAUGAUUUUCUAAUCCAAGCACAGCAGCAACUAGCGGCUGAUGCCAAAGUGAUGGAGAGCCUCUAUCCACUUUCCAAACUGGCCUCGGAGCACCUUGGCCUCACCCACGACAAGAUGGAUGUCCUGGGCCAGCCACUGCCCCCUCCUUCACAGCCUCUCUCCGAAGGUCGCAUCAUUGACCGUUACUCACCCAGUUAAGACAUAUGACAUGUAUAAAUGGCAAUGAUCCAUGUGUCUGCGUGCAUACACAAUUUGCAGUAUUCCUAAGCCAUUCACAUCAACCCAGUAUCUCCUAUGCACCUCAGACUCAGGCCAAGUGGAACUGGUCUACUGAUGCAAACCAAAAUGUGUGACUUUAAGUGCCUUUCUAUGCAUCUAAUGUAUCUUUCAGUCAUCUCCCGUCAAGGAGUUCUGUGCUGUCACGUGACCAAGCAACACUUGUUUAAAGAUCUUCAGUAUUUAUGUACAGUGUAUGCAAAAAAAAGAAAGCAAUUAUUUUAAUUCCAAGCAUUGAGCCAAAAAGACAAUUUGAAAACCAAAAAAUGAAAUUGUUUUAUUUAUUUUUGUAUUAUAAGGAAAUCCAGAGAAAACAGUUUGCAACAUUACUUUGCAAUCUGUCCCUUAACCUGUGUACUACUCAACAUUCUACAAAGAAAAGCAAACAAACAAACCAAAACAAAAAGCACAUGAGGACAAUAUUUAAAGUUGUCCAGACCUGAGCAGAACUUUUAGUAAAUGAAUAAACCAACUCACCUGGACUUUAAAAUAAUAGGAGUAUAUCUUUUUUAAAAAAUAUUUUGUAAUUUCAUUUGAAUUGUUGUUUUUGGGGUACUGGACAGUUUAUGUUUGUUGCUUUUUGGCUUUUUUCCCCAUUAUGUGAAAUAACUGAAUGCUUAGAGCAAUUGUCCCAAUACUUUUUACUAAUGGGUCUUGUGUUUUUAUUUUGCCCAGUUUUCUUUAUUGUGCCCCUCUCUCCUUCCUGUUUGUGCAGAUAAAGGCUCAUACUGUCUGACAGUAAUGGUAACUUAAGUGCCUUUAUGCACCUCUUGCAACCGUUCUUGAGCCAAACCUUCCUUUGGAGUGUGACAAACAUCUCUCAUCUUCCAUUUGUUAUUGAGAUACAGCGAGCACUGCCCUGUGAGCUCAUAAAUAGGACAUUAUUGCACAUACCCAACUCAUGACACACUAAUCCCUGUUCAUGAUGAGUGCAGCUCCAACUCAUGAUUCAGAUGGAUUGUGACCGUUCCCUCUGAUAUUGUGUUAUAUUUACAGUCAUGGACGCUGCUGAGCAGAAAAGAAUAGAGGGGGCUCAUGACACAGAAAUCUGUCAUUUACUGUAAACUCUAUUAAUAGCAAUGCAAUGAUGAAUUAUAGAAUGGCAGUGGUUAGAGGUCUUGUUAGACACUGACCUUUUUUCCUAGUCUGUUGUUUGUGAGCCAUGAUAGCGUUGAAAGGCCAAAGCGAGUGCUGCAUUUAGCCCUCUGACUCUCCGCAGACUGACAGGAUGUUCGCUCCACACACAGCGACCUGCUAAUCUGUCAGUGAUACGAACAGAAGGAGAAGUUAGUGGGCCUUCCCCUCAAAGCCAGCCACUGAGCAGCACUCACCAGCUGCUGUGCUUCAGUAAUCCCUGUGAAAUCUCACUUUCUCCUGGACAAUUCUCACUGCUUGCCGGCAUGAUGUCCCAUUUCAUGCCUGCCAUCGCACUCCUCUGAUCCUCUUAGAGACAUUAUUUCCAAGCUCAGCAAAUGUCUCCUGGAUUCACCCCCUUUCCCUGUUGGUAUCAAAUAGCAAAAGAGAUAAAGGAUGUUUUCCUGUGCUGGCUGACCAGCAAUUCCUCCAAUUAGAAAACAAAAGAGCACUUAAAGGUUGUGGGUUGAGGGCACUUUUUUUUUUCUUUGUAAAUCUUUAUUCCAAAGAACAUGUUGGUCUUUCUUUUUCUUUGUCUUUUCCACACUUUAUAGUCCUGUAUUUAGCUUAGAAAUGUUUGACCACUAUAGUGCCAAUGCCAACCUCAGAGGGUGAAUGUGAAGAGUAAAGCCAUAAAUACACUGUGAUAGACGUAGUGAAUCUGAAAGGCUUAAAAAACCCCAAUGUGCCUGACUUUAAGGGCUUCCUUUUUGUAGCAUAUGAUCAUAUCAAAGAUUUUGUUUCUUGUCACUUUCUUUUCUUUAUUUCUUUGAAUUUGAACUAAAAGCAGUGCAUGUGAAACUGGUGCUUACCUCAGGACUGAACCCAGCAUGGGGAUGCUAAGCUUUUUGUAAACUUAGUUAAAAAAUAUCAACACACAGACAAGCACACACAGUCAUGUACACACGUUUUUCUUUUUAAUCUCUUGUUAAUGGGACAGUUGUCCUGUGUUGAACCUGUGUUUUUGUUCCAUGUUCAAACAUGACUCUUUACAGCUUCAUGGUGGACAGAAAAUAUGUGAUUUUAAAAAUGUUGUUUUUAUUUGUAAUUGAGUGGUAUACAUUUUAUAUUGUGUCCUCCAUGUCUUAUGUCACUCUGACCACUUCCAUAAUUUUAUUGUAAGAAUAAGUCAUUAUGUUGUUAACGUCAAUAUUUGUGACUUUUGAUUCACGGUUUAGUAGGUGUGAUGGCAUUAAUCUUUGGUUUUCGCCAUACAUACGGUAAUAACGAGAACUGUUGUGUUUUAAAAUACAUCCAUGUAACAUGAGACAUGAUACACCAUCAGCACUUCUUUAAGCAUGCAGCAGUAGCCUGAAAACAAGCCUCAUAUGCUUUGACCUCUUUUCUCCAUAAGUGAACU